AUGCCGCAAAAAUUAAACACAGAUUAUGAGGACGUAAGAUAUCUAAAAUUAAAAGAUCAAAUUUGUCAUAAUCAUUAUAUGCAAUAUGUCGAACCUAUUCAACGUAGACGUCCGGAUGCAUCAAAGAAUUCUUCGAAGAGAUGA